GGGCCAGAACAGGGGCAGAGGGCUUUAUCUGUCAAAGUACACUGAAAUUCUCCCAGUGUUUUCUCCGGCCAGCCACGAUGAGAACAGCGCUGUUCAUUGUUUAUCUCCUUCCUGCACUAACAGCACUAGCACAGGCAACACCAGCAGGGAGCGCUGACCUUGUGGUGUCUCUAAAAAAUGGCCGAAUCAGAGGAGAAUACAUGACGGCGAAAGGCACAGAGAGGAGGGUGAAGCAGUAUCUGGGAAUCCCCUUUGCCCGCCCUCCUGUGGGGCCUCUCCGCCUGGCUGCUCCACAGGCUGUGGAGCCCUGGGAGGGGGAGAGAGACUGCACACACCAGCCCCCCAUGUGUAUCCAGGAUUUAGAAAUAGUUGUGAAUGUUUCUAGGAUCAUGUCAAUGCAAUACACCCCACCAGAGCUUUCAGAGGAUUGCCUGUACCUGAAUGUAUACACUCCGGCUGAGGCAACAAAAGGGGACAAACUGCCGGUGAUGGUGUGGAUCCAUGGAGGAGGUCUGGCAAUGGGUGCAGCCUCUCAGUAUGACGGCUCUCCGUUGGCUGCUUAUGAAAACAUAGUGGUGGUUAUUAUUCAGUAUCGUCUUGGCAUUCUGGGAUUCCUGAGCACCGGAGAUGAACAUGCUCAGGGAAACUGGGGUUUCUUGGAUCAGCUGACUGCCUUGAGAUGGGUGCAGGAAAAUAUCGAGGCCUUUGGCGGCGAUCCACAAACUGUUACAGUCGCUGGAGAAUCUGCAGGAGCCAUCAGCGCAUCCAUACUGACUCUGUCUCCACAAGCUAAAGGACUGUUUCAGAGGGCAAUUUUUCAAAGUGGAGUGGCAACACUUGGGACCUACACUACAAACCAUCCUUUGAAUUAUGCCAAGAUUGUUGCCAACCUUACUGAAUGUGACCGCAGUAGCACAGAGGAACUGGUCCAGUGCAUGAAAGGAAGGAGCAAAGAUGAACUCGUUGAUGCGACUAAAAAGAUGAAAGUAUACCUGGGAGCCGUGGUGGACGGCGUGUUUCUGACUGAUACAGCAGAGGAGCUCCUCAAGAGGAAAGAGGUGCUGAAGGUUCCAGUGCUGAUGGGAAUAACCAACCAUGAGUUUGGAUGGAUCCUGCCUCAGAGCUUUGCCCCUCCUGGCUGGGAGCAAGGCAUGAGCAGAGAAGCUGUGUUGGGAGUGGUGAACAUGUUCAAUCCGACAGGGGCCUCAUCUACAAACCAGCUCAUCAUAGAUGAAUACCUGAAAAAUGCUAAAACCCCAGAGGAGAUCAGGGAUGGAUUCACUGAAGUCAUGGGAGACUUGCUGAUGACGCUGCCGGUUGUCAUGGCGGCUGGAUAUCACUCAGAUGCAGGCGUUCCAGUUUACAUGUACGAGUUUGUAUACCGUGCUGAGAUACACAAGCACACCAGGCCCAGCUUUGUGAAGGCAGAUCAUGCAGAUGAUGUCGGCUUCAUGUUUGGUGGAUGUUUCUGGAAUGGACGUAUAAAAAUCAUAGGUAAUGUCACCAAGGAGGAUGAAAGACUUUGCAGGACCAUGAUGACAUACUGGGCCAGUUUUGCCCGUACAGGCUCUCCCAACAGUCCUGGUCUGGUCAGUUGGCCUCAGUAUGACAGGCAGAAACAGGAGUACAUGGAGCUGGGCCUGACGCAGACGGUGAGACAGAAACUGAAGGAGGACAGGGUCCAUUUUGCCACCGUCACCCUUCCUCAGAAGCUGCAACAGUUAGCAGCAGCCAACGCUGGAAACUGAUCUCUGCUAGCUGCAAGCUUUCACGCCUCCUCAGCAAUACUAACUGGUAUAAUGUUUUAGAGUGGAUUUACCAUACUCUCCUUUUAAUUUCCUGUAAGUGACUUUUUUGGACAUGCAGUUUGUAACAUAACAUAAUUAAAGGAAACCCUUUCAUUGCAAA